AUGGAAUACUCGUGGCUGGACGCGCGUCUCAACCUGAGUCUCCUGGUGGACGGCCAGCGGACGGCGCCCCUGCCCGAAGGCCUGCCGGACCGCCUCUGGAGGCCCCGGCUCGCCUUCUCGCCAGUCACAACGCUUGAUCCGCUCGACUCGCAAGCCGAUCAGCACUUGAGGUUCCGCGUCGCACCUGACAACCGGAUCGUGGCCAGCCGGAGGAGCGAAGAGCGAGCACAAAUCUCGGACUUCCGCGAGGAGUUCAAGUUACCGCUUUUGACUGAUCGUUCUCGCACAGAUGGGAACUCACAUUCCAGGCGAAUUCGACAACGACAAAUACUUAUACUCUGCUUCCGAUUUUGUUUGCAUUUCAGACUGAACUUUGCUUUGUGCUGCAACAUUGACUUCAUCUAUUAUCCCUUCGACGUUCACGUCUGCGACAUGUCCAUCGUAAAUGUGGACAGCGAUGACCAUCAAUCGAUUCUGCGUUGGAUAGGAGACGAGCAGAGCCCAUUCCGCGUUUCCGAGAAGAGCAUCCACUUUGCGAGCGACUUCGGCGAGGGCACCUUCAAUUUUCUCGGCCUCCUGCCGUUAUUCGUGGUGGACGACUUGCCCGGAGGCCGCAGGCGCACGCGGCUCGUGUUGCGCGCCGCGUUCCGUCGCCAGCUCCUCGCGGUGCUGAUCGACCCGCUGGGGCCGAGCCUGUUUCCAGUGCUCCUGUCAUGGACUGGCUUCUGGCUCGACCCGAGGCGCCCCGUGCCUCGCGCGGCGCUCAUGGCGCUCUCGUUCGUGAUUCUCGAGCACCAGCAGGUGAGCCACUUUGCCAGCAGGGCGCAGGACCACCAGCUGCGCUCCAUCGACGUCUGGUACCUCAUCUGCCGUUGCUUCAUCAUCGCCGCGCUCCUCCAGUACGUCCUCAUACUGCACACGGUGAGAGCUGCAACUCCACACACUGACCUGUGGAAGUGCAAGAACGCCUGUACCGUUACUAGCUUCAACGGACGCCACGGAACAUAG